AUGACGUCAUCAUCAUCAACGUCUCGCACAACAGAUUGCAAGGAGUUUUGUAACAAUGACAUUUUUGAAGCUAGCUGUCCUCAACAACUACAGCAACAGCCACAGCAGCCACAACAGCCACAACAACAACAUCUAUAUGACUACUAUCAAAUGCCACAGCAGCAGCAGCAACAACAACAACAGCAGGAACAACAACAACACUACCACAACUACCAGCCAAACAUGGUUCUUAUAACCAAAGCCCUUUAUGGACGAAUGACAAUAGGUGGCUGCGUCAAAAAAAGUUACGGCUACGUCGGUUGCUACAAUGACGUCACAAAUCACGUGCACAGAUGGUGUUCCGGUUUGACCGGAUGUAGCAUUCGGAUACCGGAUCCGAGGUUGGACGGCACAUCGCCGUGUAAUGACGAGAUGAAAAGUUACCUGGAUGUUGAGUAUGAGUGUGUCUAUGAGCUGUGUCAAAUUUCAACCUUCCCUCCUGAUAACAAUCCGUUAUAUUUAACUCGCCAAUUACUAAGUGGCCAACCAAUAAGAAAACAGAUAUGCGGCACGUCGGAGCAACCCUGGAUUAUUAUUGUUCGGCCGGGUCAACGAAUCAGAGUGACCCUUUUAGAUUUCUCCAUCACCUCGACCAAUGAAAUCACCCGAUAUAAUCAAAAUUUGAACUUCAACGGCGAGCAGGCUAACAGGACAUCUCACAGUUUGACAUCUUUGCUUGCGCUACCAAUAUCAUCAUCAACAUCAUCAUCGGCAUCACCGUCAUCAUCAUCAUCGUUUAUGUAUCAAGUAGUUCCUCCGCCGCCAAACGCUUCCGCCAUAUUCGAUGACGUCAGCAGAAGACUGACUUGUGAUCAGUACGUUCUAAUUGAAGAAAACAUCGUCGCGGCCUCAUCACCGACAUCAUCAUCCUCAUCCUCCUCCUCAUCAUCUUUUUCCUCUUCUUCUUCAUCAUCAUCAUCAUCAUCGUCUUCGUCGUCAUUAUCAGCAUCGAAGAUAUCAUUGCUAGGAGCGCCUACUGUGAAACAUUUCAUGUGUGGGAACGGCACUCAGGAGCAGACGAGGCAGUACACGUCGCAACUUCACCGGCUACAGGUGGCGCUGCUGAUGCCACCGCUGCCCAGCCACAACUACACCGUCAGGAUUGAAACCGGAGCUCGCAUGGAUGAUAGACGGGCUUUCUCGAUAGGAGCCGCCAUAAUGGUCAUCACGCUGGUGUCAUUCUUCAUCGGAUUGUUGGUUCUGUUCGCAGGAUUGCUCUAUCUUAAGAGCUUUUCAACUUAUUCUAGUGAUUAUGUUAAACGAGUUAUACCUACUAGAUCAUGCGCCCUGACUGUUUACCUGUACAGAUUACUAAGAAGUAUAUUGACAUGUCUCUGCCAUUCUUCACCUUCUUUCGUCAACCUAUGCCUUCUUUCUGGAUCUUAUCCAUUAGCUUUCAAAAACGCUGUGGUGAGCACUAUUUUGAUAAAUAGUACGUUGAACAGAAAUGAACUUUCAAGUUAUCGGCCGGUGUCGAACCUUGUGUUUUUGUCUUAA